ACACAUGGCCAUGGCGCUGUAGUAUUUAUCAGCUGUUUUAUCUCUUGCAAGAAAUACUUUUCACAAUUUAUUGUUUUUCUCCAGGAAAACAGUGAUUCUGGGUACUUAUCUCUUUGAAAGAGAUAAGAGUUUUCGUGGUCAAAUAGGAAAGACUUCUCAACUUUUCCGGCAGAUCCAAAGCAUGGCAAUGGCAAAUCUUCCAGUCAUUCCCUCAGUCACCAAAAUUUCUCAGAGUAUCAUAAGGAUUUUGGGGUGUAACCCUGGAAAAAUGACUCUCCAAGGGACAAACACAUACCUGAUUGGAACAGGGAGAAAGAGACUUCUAUUGGAUGCCGGUGAACCAGAUAAGCCGAAAUAUAUUGAGAACCUCCGUAAAAUCCUGAAGGAUGAGAAUGUGGCCAUAGAGAAUAUCUUGAUCACGCAUUGGCAUAAUGAUCACCUUGGAGGAGUGAAGGAUAUCUUAGAGAUUGAUGAAGCUAAAGGGAGUAAAGUGUGGAAAUUCCCAAGAACUGAUGCCGAAGACAUCUAUUCAAAUCUUCCAGCCAACCUCAAACUCCUUCCUCUCCGCGAUGGUCAGAGAUUUGCAAUUGAGGGUGCAACCAUUGAGGUAAUUCAUACUCCUGGCCAUACAACUGACCAUGUGGUGAUUACACAUGAAGAGUCCGGAGCAUUGUUCAGCGGUGACUGCAUUUUGGGCGAUUCUACAGCAGUCUUUGAAGACUUGUUCGACUACAUGAAAAGUUUAGAGAGAAUAUUGCAGCUGGAGCCGUCUGUGAUCUAUCCGGCUCAUGGGAGUAUCAUUGAGAAUCCAAUAGAAAGGAUAAAGUAUUACAUAAUUCAUCGAAAUAAGCGCGAGGAGGCCAUUUAUGAGCUUCUAAAGACGAAGAAGGAACAUUUGUUCUCGGAUCUGGACAUAGUGAAGAUAAUCUACAAGGAGACACCCACCGAAAUGUGGCCAGCGGCUGCUUACAAUGUCAAUCAUCAUCUUAAGAAGUUGGCCAAGGAGCACAAAGUGGUUCAAAGUGAAAAGGAUGAUCAAACUCUCUGGCAGUUCAGCGAAAAACAGUCUGUUCUUUAGGCAAGGAUAAGGUAUAGUCACUUUGGUAUUUUUUUAGGGGAUUGGGGGGCCUGUUUUGGGGAGAAAAACUAUUGUUUGAUUUUUUUAUUAAUAAUAAAUCAAUUUACUUCUUCGAUAAAAA